AUGUUUGCCGGGUUUCAUUCCGGUUGGGUAAUGCCGUAUUAUCCAUUGGACGGGGAAAAGUUUCGUAAUUACCCGGGACGAGCCUUCGGAGUUUGUAUCAAUCUUUUCGAAAAAGCGAUUGUAAAUAGGCUUAGGAUCGUAUAUAGCAAGGCCAGCAAUUCUAACUUUCUUGGCGGGCUUUUCUUGGUCUUCCUCCUUCGUGUCCGGAAGCUUAAUUGCGGGCCUCUUGCUUCCGGCCGCGGUCUUCGCUGGUGCCGGAAGGAGGUCCUUCCCUUCGGUAUCUUUUUUGGCGAAACAGUUUCGGGUAUGGUAAUUAUCUUUACCGCAGCGCCAGCAAUUAAUGCCUUCCUUUUUCCUAGCAUCAAUAUUUUUUUGGUUAAUGCCAUUAAAGGCGGCCUUGGUUGUGGACCAAAUGUUGUCCUUGCGGGCUUAAAUAGGAGUUGGACCUUUGUUUGCUGCGGUGCGGAAGUUUAA